UAUAAAUUGAACAUUUCUAUCUUACAUUGUCUAUCAGAGCAAACAUCGAUAAUCAUACUUGAGAUCUCUCCCUCUCUUAAACAAAGACCCUAUCCACCUCCGGAGACAUAGAAAACAUGGCUGAAGCUGCUGACUCACUCCCGCCAGCGGAGGUGUUGCUUUCCAAACGUGUGCAAGAGAUGGUGAUCAACCAAGAAGAGCCGCCCCAUCUCUACAUCUGCAGGAAAAGUGGUGAAGCGGCUGGCGAAGAGCAACGAGGAGAUGUUUCUUCUGAUCCGCUAUCUCAUUUUCCUCUGAUAGACCUUUCCAUCCUCUCAUCAUCUUCAUCUACAUUGUCUGAACAAGAUGGAGAGCUACAGAAGCUCAGAUUAGCACUUUCCUCAUGGGGCUGCUUCCUGGCAACAGGCCAUGGGAUCCCAAGUUCUUUCCUGGAUGAAAUGGUUCGAGUUGGGCGAGAAUUCUUUGAACAACCGAUGGAAGAGAAGAAGAAAUAUGAGAAAGGAGUGGAGGAUUUUCAAGGUUAUGGUGGUGAUCCUGUUCCUGCUAAAGGCCAGCCCUUGGACUGGUCCGACCGGCUUUUCCUCGAUGUAUAUCCAGAGGAUCGGAGGAAUCUGAAAUUCUGGCCAGAAAAUCCGCCUACUUUCAGGGAUGUUCUACAAGAGUACACUGUGAAGAUGAGGAUGAUGACAGAAGCCGUUUCAAAGGCCAUGGCGAAGUCACUGGACUUACAAGAGGACUGCUUCCUAAAUCAGUUUGGCGAAAAAGCACAUCUGAAUGCGAGAUUCAAUUACUACCCCCAGUGUCCAAGACCUGAUCUCGUCCUUGGCUUGAAACCGCAUGCAGAUGGAACAGGGUACACCAUAAUCUUGCAAGAUGUUGAAGGUAUUCAGGUUCUCAAAGACGACAAGUGGUUCACAAUACCAGCCAUGUCCGGUGCUCUUCUUGUCCUCAUGGGUGAUCAAAUGGAGAUAAUGACCAAUGGAGUGUUCAAGAGUGCAGUGCACAGGGUGCUCAGCAGUUCAGAGAGAGACAGAAUCUCUGUGGCUGUUUUCUACAUACCAGAACCCAACAAAGAGAUAGGACCCGAAGAGGCUUUGAUUACUGAGGAAAGACCACAAGCUUACAAGAAAGUGAAAGACUACAAUGACGAGCAUUGGGGCUAUUACCAACAAGGCUUGAGAGCCAUUCACAUAGCUAAAGUCUAGAAGCUAUUGCAGUUUUCUUGAUCAGGCGUGCUUGUUAGUAAUUAAACCAAAUUUACUGGAAGCUGUCGAUCAAUCAAAAAAGUUAUCGAUUAAUUAGUAUGUCCAUUCGACUCCCAAGCCUGGUGCACCCAUUGAAAAAGAAUCAUCAUUGUGGCGUUGCUUUUUUUUUUUUUUUUUUUUGGUCGGUUGUGGCGUUGCUUUUGAGAAGUCCGUUUGUAAGUUCAUGGUGACUGUUCAUGUUUCUAUGUGUAAUCAAUGUUUCGUAAGUUCCCAGUAUUUUAUCUCCUCGGAAUGCUAGUGAGUAAAAGUUGUAUAAUAAGUCUAUAAAUAAGGGGGUCUUGUAAUCGUUUCUGAUUAGGUGAAAUAAAUAUGAGGUCUAUCUAUCU